AUGAAAAAUCCAUCAAACAAGGACCUUCUAUAUAGGGGUGUCAAUGGAUCCAGAAAGUCCAGGCUAGGUCAGGAUUUUGCCGACUUGACCCGGGAGACCCUUGUUCAUCACACUAUUAGAAACUUUGUAAUAAACGGGAUUGCUUCCGGAUUGAUGAACAUUUGUGUCUUCAGCUUUCAAAAGAAAACCAUGGAGUUUAAACAAAAUAAGGGAACCGCGGAAGACCCGGAAUACAAUUUCAUUUACUUAUUGGCACAGCAUGCAGCAAAUGCUACAGACGGGACAACAAACCACCGUGUAAUUCAUGUUCGAAUCCUUUCUAUUAUUCAAUUGAUCCCAUACAAGGAGAAAGAGGCUUGA